AUGUUUCUUUUGCUUUGUUCAGGAACAACGCCGUGCACGAGAUGUGUAACUAGUGCACAACAGUGUAUUUAUGAUCAAAAUAGUGAUCGUAGACGCAAGGAGUAUACGACCGGGCUGUUGAAAAUUCAUACUACUCUGUGUCGACUGGCUGCUACCCUGCGCUCCGCAGGUCCCGAAGAGCUAUUAUGGUUGGUCUGGUAG